UUAACAAAUGAAUUUGCUUUAAUUAUCGUUAAGGAAUCCGUUUUUGCCAAUUUUUUAUUAAUCAUAUGUACUCGUAUUAUAUUUGUGCUUAAAUAAUCUACCGAUGAACAUGGCAGGAUUGGUUGAUAAGGAAGAACUACAUCUAAUAACCAUAAAAACAAGGUGAAUAAAAGGCUAAGCUCCAAUAUACCAAAAUUAUAGGUACUAAUUUAUAUGUCCAAGAUUUCUAAAAUAUCUUUUCCAAAAUAAUAAGAUAAUAAUCCCAUUUUUUUUUUUUUUUUUUGCUAAAAUAAUAUGAUAAGAAUUCCACAAAUCUUUCCUAAAAAAUAAAAUCCAUAUUUAAAAAAAAAAAUAACGUAUAGUUGGGAAUUGGGAUUUCUAUUACAAGAUUUUGGGGGUGGUUAAUUAAGACAAUGCGUUUCUGGUACGGUGCGACAGGGUGUCUUAUUAGUAACCCCUAAAAUAACCUCCAAGUAACCAACCCCACUUAAGUAACUCUUCUAGUAACCCCCCAAGUAACCCCCAAAGUAACCUCUUAAGUAACCCCUGACCGGACCUAGUAACCCUAACCAACCAAGUAACCUCCAACCUAGUAACCCCUUACCGACCAAGUAACCCCACUUAAGUAACCCGUCAAGUAACCCUUCAAAAAACUCAUCUACUAACCCCUAGUAACCUCCCUAGUAACCCUUAACCAAGUAAGUAACCCCUAAGCCUAUACCACCUCAAAGCUUAAACUCCACUACACCACUACCUGCUGCACCUCACUUAUCACACAAACCACUACCCCACACCCCCACAUGCUGCACCUCACUUAUCACACAAACCACUACAUACCCCACACCACCACCAAUUCCAACCACCACAACAGAUAAGUUUUCUAGGUAAAAUUACACCAAAAUUCAACAGAGAAGUUUUCUAGGUAAAUUAUACCAAAACGAGGAUCCAAUUCUAACUAUAAACUAUCUAUUCCAACUACCACAAUUAGUGUCUACUAAAUAAAAAUAAAGAUCUUAAAAGUGCACAAAUUAUUAUGAGAUCUGGAAGACAAAGAAAGAUGACCGACAAAAUGAAAACAAUGGCGUUUUGUUCGUGUUCAACCGUUAUAUAUUAAGAUUUCGACUUCACCAAAAUACACACCCUCAGAUUAACGCCUUCUCCCAUAAUGAAAUAUUCAACGAAGAUGAAGACAACGACGACGGAGGAACAAAAAUCAAUAGGAAAUAGGAAUGAAAUUGAUGAAUUUGUACCCCAAUCUAUUGAAAUUUGGGGGAAAUGUUAGGGUUUGGAGCUUCGAGGAGACAUAGGUUGGGUUGAAGCUUCAACAACGACGACUAUCAACGAUGGUUGCGGAAUUUGUGUUUUCUGAGUAAAUGAGAUGAAGGAUCUAAGCUUAGAGAAGAAGAAAAGAGGAGAGAGAAAAGAGACAAAAGAAUCAAUUGGUAUUAGGUAUUCCUGGAGUACCUAUUAUUGUACUCCAGGCCCAAUCCAAUAAAUGGGCUAAAAAACCCAGCUUAAAAAAAGCGCGCUAGAAUUUAUUUACCAAAACGAAAUAACAUAAAAACAUACCCUUAUAUUUAAAAAUCCGGAGGAAAAGCAUAUCUAUUUUUCAGUUUUAAAAAAUCGCUCUUCUUUUUUCUCUCUCUAUUUCACUAUUUGAAACUCUUGAAAAUUCUUAAAUUGCAUCCAUCGAAGACAAAAAUUCUCCUCAAGCAUGCCCAAAACUAACCUAAAAUACUUUAAACGACAUCAAGAGAAGAGAUGAUAAUGAAGAUGGAGAUAAACAAUGUGCAGCAAAGUUGAAAAAACAGAAGAGAAAAACUAACAAUGAUGAUGUUGAGAAUGAGCAAGAGCUGCCUAAGAAAAAGAGGGUAAAACAAGUAGCAAGAAAGAAAGGAAGCGUGUCUAGAAAAAUGGCUUUAGUAAAUAAGCAGAAUUGUACAGAAAUUGUUACCAAAGAAACCCCUAUCAAAACAGAAUGUACAAAACGGAAAGCGAUAAUGGAGCCUAAAGAGAAGAAAGGGAAAAUAAAUGAAGUUGUAGAGGUAAAUGAUGGUGAAAGUGAGGAGGAUGAAGGUGUGAAAAUCAAGCGAGAGUUAGGUACAUGUCUUAGGAUCAAAGUUCCUCCUGUUCAAUUCAUGACUGUUUUAGAUAUGAUAAAGGGGAAUAAGGAGUUUGUUGAAGAAGAGGAUGAAGAAGAAAAGAAGAGAAGGAGUUAAAAAGUUGAGAUGGUUAUAGAAAGAACCAAAAAAAAGAUUUUCUUAACCGAUAAAGAAGGCAAGGCAAAUGCUAUAAAGGACAUGGGAUUUAGUCAGUUUUUGGAUCUUAGUUUACCUUUGCACAACACCUCAUUUGGGGCAAACUUGGUGAACAGCUUUGAUCCUGAUGGUUGCAAAAUCUUUCUUCAACAUAAUGAGGUGUUGAAGAUAUGUUUAGAGGAUGUUAAUAGGGUGUAUGGAUUUCCUAUGAAGCCUAAUCUGGAAGAUAUUAUUGAAAAUGAAACUGAAUUUGAAGUUGAAAAAAGAGAUGAAUGGAGUUUGUUUCUUAAGAAUUGGAGGAGUUUUUGUGGAACACAUGAAAGCAGCCCUAUGAACAAAAGGCUGAAUAUAAGGUUGAUUGAAGCCCCUCUAAGUGAUAUGUGGAGAAUGAGCUUUAUUUGUGCAUUGGUCAACACUUGCAUAAGAUCAAACCAAAACAACUUAGUGAGGUAUAAGUUCCUUUAUAAGUGCAUGGAUUUAAAGAAUGUCAAAAACUUGAACUGGAACACGUUUGUUUUGACUAGUUUGAUCAGUGCAACUCAAGAAUGGAAAGCAAAAAAGGAUGGAUACUUCACAGGACCAUUUCCAUUCCUACAGAUAUGCUAUUUUGAUAGAGUUAAAAGGCAAUUGAAAGAAGAGCCAAGAAGAAUUCCUUUGAUUUCUGUUUAGAAUGAAGAAAGAAUCAAGAAUCGAAUAGCAAUUGAAGAAAAACAUGGGUUUGGAAAGGGAGAAAUUCUAUGAUUGAUAGAAGAAGACAAGACAGUUGGAGAAAAAGAAACUGAAGCAGCAAGUAGUUCAAGUCCAUUAACUUUGUUGAAGGUGUUCUUGGAGAGGUUUAGUAAUCUGGCAAAAGUACUUGCCGGAAACUUUGAUGAUUUGAAUGAAAUGAUUGGAGAAGCAAGAAAAUUGCUAUCUGACAGCAACUUAGCCAAUGACAUGGCUGCUAUGGCUGCAAAACUAUUGGAGAAAAAUAGAGUAGUGAAACAACAAGUGUCACAAUCUCCAGAUGUUCGAGAGCCUUCCAUACUCAGUCAAACCACUUAUCCGUUCAAAACAGAGAGCUUUAUAGCAGAAGUUAAAAGAUUUGAGAAGGAGGCUUUAGAGAACUUCAAAAAUCCUCAUAAUAAAAGGAAAAAAUCAAUAUCUCCUCCUUCGUUUAGUCUUCAUCUGAGUCAGUCUCAAACACCUAGUAAUGCUGGUGAUGUAAGUUUGGAUUUGGAUCUCAACAUUGGAACUAGUGUCACAAAUGUUGCUGAAAUUGCAGCACAAGUUCUUACUGAAAAUGAAAUUGCAGCACCAGAUGAACAAACUGAAACCGAAAUUGCUGCAAAAGAUGUUGUUCAAACUGAAACCAAAACUGCUGCAAAAGAUGUUGUUCAAACUGAAAAACCUCUUGAGAAAGUGGCUACUACAGCUACACCAGAGAGGGCAAAAUCUCAUGAGAAAGUGGAUAUUUCAAGCUUAAUGGAAACACCAGUUCUGGAAUCAAUUCAUCAAAUCUUCCCGGGAUCAAAUGAAGAAAAGGAUUGUGGUAAAGGGAAAGGUAAGGAAAUCAUUCGUGGAGAAAGGAGAGCCAAAAGGCUUGUACUUAAACUUCCAGCUUCAUAUAGGUCACCAAUCUUGGCAAAAAACAGUGACACCUUCAAGAGCAUACCCCACAAAAGGAAGAUGGUUGUCGAUUAUGCAUUUUUUAAUGAACUUCCAAUGGAAAAGGAAAUCUAUAAAGACUAUAAGACAACAAUUACAAGGAAAGAAAUGUUGACUAUGUCUGGUGACACUCACAUAGUGAGCAACAUUAUUGAUGCUUGGUCAUACAUUAUGAAUUUUGAGAACUUGUCAAGAAAAGAUACAGCACCAGGAAGAUUUUUCUUCUCCACAUAUCCAUUUGUUAUAUUAUUUGGAAAUGCAUACACUGAGAAGCAAAAGGAAAUUGAUGCUUUUUUGGAUAGAUUACAAAAUGAGUUGAUCGAUCAAAGUAACACAGAUGAUACUGAUUUACUUUGCAAGAUAAAAAAAUUAAGCAUGGUUUUCUUCCCUGUAGUUAGAGGUGAUCAUUAUUAUCUUCUUUGCAUUGACAUGCAAAAAUCAGCUUUUGAAUUACUGGAUAAUAGAAUUUUGGAAGAAGGAAUAUCCUUCAAGAACAAAUAUGAUAACCACCGAAAACAACUGUUGAGAAUGUUCACCAAAUUCCUUCGGAAUAUAGGAUAUGACCAAGCAAAAGCAGACAAUUUGGAGAAAAAAUCAACAAAAACAUUAAACAUGAAAUGGAGAAGCAACAAAAACUAUGAUGAUUGUGGAAUUUUUUUAAUGAAGCAUAUGGAGACGUAUAAUGGAGAGAAGGACACAGAAUGGGAUUGCGGAUUACAAACUAAAUAUGAAGUGCAGCUCAAGCAGCUUAAAAAGCUUCGCGUAAAAUAUUGUGCAAAGAUUCUAUUGCAUAAGGAAAAUACACUUCAUAACCAAGUCUUGAAAUAUGCAAGGGUACAUUCAAAGGAGAAAGUUGAAGAAAAAAGAUGAUCAAAUGAUAGAAAUGAUAGUUGUUUUGGGUGAUCAAAGGAGAAAGCUGAAGAAAAAAGAUGAUCAAAUGAUAGUAGCUUACAUAUAAUUUGAAUGUUUCAAAACCAAAACAAUAGCUUACAUAUAUCCAAUAUUUCUUAUAGUUGAAAAAUGAUAUGUAAAUUGAAUUCAUAAAACUACAAGUGUUGACUUACACGA